AAGUCAAGAUGCACAUACUCAGGCUUAGAAGAAUGAAAUGAUUUGCCCAAGGUCAUACAAAAAAGCAACUGCUGGACCAGACCAUUUGGUCUGUCAGAAAAGUAAAUGUCAGUUUUACAACAACAACAAUGGCGGCUACCAGUGGUAGAUUUGAAAAUGAGAGGAGUAUCAAAGAACAAAAAGAACAGACCAGGAUUGCCAGGGCUGAGGUGUUGUGCCAGGCUAAAGCCAAUUUUGAAAAGGAAGAAAGGUGUAAAGAACUUAAAUGACUUCGGGGUGAGGAUACAUGGAUGCUACCUGAUGUGAAUGAACGAAUUGAACAGUUCUCACAGGAACACUCUCUGAAGAAAAAGAAGAAAAAAGAUAAACACUCAAAAAAAGUAAAGAAAGAGAAGAAAAAAAAGAGUAGGAAAUAGAAGUAUGAAAAAAGCAAUGAGUCAACAGAUAGUUCAUCAAGCUCUGAAGACAAGUGGGUUGAGGCUGUCCCAUCGCAGAUUCCUGGCAGAGAAAAGGCCUGGAAAGUGAAAGGUGAAAAUUCAGAAAGAGAAGACAACCCAGUUAUUCAGAGAGAUGAGUGGAUGAUGGUUGAUUUUAUGUCUGUUAAAACUGUGUCCUUAUCAUCACCCAAAGCUGAGAAGGAGGCUAUGAGGAAAAUAGAGCAAGAGAAAACCCAAGCCCUGGAACAGUCCAGACUGCUGGAGAGAGAAUUGAAUCCAUACUGGAAAGAUGGUGGGACAGAUCUUCCGUCAGAAGACUGUAACGUGUCAUCACUUACCAAAGUUUCAGUAGUAGAAGAUGGUGGCUUAAGCUGGUUGAGGAAGUCUUACCAAAGAAUGAAGGAACAAGCUGAGAAACAGAAUAGAAAUUUUGAAGACAUUGUGGCUGAAAGAUACGGGUCAUUGGAAGUAUUUCAGUCAAAAUUAGAAGAAGCUGAAAAAACUGCAUCCACAAAAGAAGAUUAUAAAUGAGAACGGUGGAGGAAACCAGCAUACUCAGAUAAAGCACAAAGUAGUCAAGAAAGUAGAAAAUCAGACUUGGUAAAAUAUAAUAAAAAUUUAAGGGAUAGAUACAGUUCAACAGAUACUACAAACACCAUCAAUAAAGAUAAGUCUAGUGGUGAUGAAAAAUAUAAUAGGUUUGGGUCUUUAGAAACCUGUAGAAGACAAUCCAAUCCAAGGCAAAAUCAAGACUUUUCUUCUCUUGGAAAUUUGAAACCUAAAUUUUUAAGACCCUCUGAUGAUGAAGAACUGUCAUUUCGUAGCAAGGGCAGAAAUUUUGAACCUUCUAGUUCAUCUUCAGCAUUGGUUGCUCAGGAUUCUGUGCGUUAUGGUUUUCGAAAACCCACAGAAAACAGUGAAGAAAGUUCUUCAUCGUGGAGCCGAUCCAACGGAAGAGAAGGAGACAGGAAAUGUUCAUAUCGAAGAUCAUUAGAAACUAGGGGUGAUGUGGACUCUGGGCACAUUUCAGAAGAUGUGAGAGAAAAAUCACAAGAUGAAAGCCUGAGAGAUGACUCUCUGAAGAAAGAGCAUCUACAGGACACAAAGUCUCCAUUUGCCGGAGGUGGUCCUGAGGAUGAUUCCAUCCACAUCUUGAGUGUUGAUGAGAAGAAUAAACUGGGAGCCAGGAUUAUCAAGGCAGAGAUGAUGGGAAAUAUGGAAUUAGCGGAAUGACUUAAAGCUCAACUUGAAAAGGCAAAUAAAUUCAAAGGAACAGAUAUCUCAAAAGAAUCUGGGGUAGGGAAUGAAGACCAAGAAGUGAUCCUCGUCAGAACAGAUCAGUCUGGAAGAGUGUGGCCUGUGCAUACACCAGGAAAAUCUCUGGAAUGUAAAGGAGGAAGAAGGAAGAGACAGAUGGUGUGUUUAACAGGGGCUUCAACCCAUGAAGAAAAAGAAAGGGUUAGAUACUUUCAUGAUGAUGAUAAUCUCAGCCUAAAUGAUUUAGUUAAGAAUGAAAAGAUGGGGACAGCAGAAAAUCAAAACAAACUUUUUAUGAGGAUGGCAUCUAAGUUUAUGGGAAAAACAGAUGGAGACUAUUACACUCUUGAUGACCUGUUUGUCUCCAAAGCAGCUGAGAAAGAAUGUUCUGGUGAAGAGGAAGAGAACCAGUGGAGGAAAGCAAUUGCCGAGCACCAGAGUCUGGCUGCACAAAUGGAAAGAUGUCUGUAUUGUUUGGACAGCUCUCAGUUUCCCAAGCACCUCAUUGUUGCCAUAGGUGUUAAGGUUUAUUUAUGUUUACCCAACUUCCGAUCUCUCACUGAGGGGCACUGCCUGAUAGUACCUUUGCAGCACCACAGAGCGGCCACCUUACUGGAUGAAGACAUCUGGGAGGAAAUUCAGAUGUUCCAAAAAUCAUUGGUAAAGAUGUUUGAAGAUAAAGGACUGGACUGCAUCUUUUUAGAAACACACACGGGCAUGAAGAAGCAUUGUCAUAUGGUUUAUGAGUGCAUCCCUCUCCCAAAGGAAGUGGGUGAGAUGGCUCCCAUCUAUUUUAAGAAAGUCAUAAUGGAAUCUGAUGAAGAAUGGUCCAUGAACAAGAAAUUGAUUGAUCUCUCUUCAAAAGAUAUCAGAAAAUCUGUACCCAGAGGCUUACCUUACUUUGCUGUGGAUUUUGACCUCCAAGGAGGGUUUGCCCAUGUCAUUGAAUAUCAACACAAAUUCCCUCAUUACUUUGGAAAGGAAAUCAUUGGUGGGAUGCUGGAUAUAGAACCAAGACUCUGGAGGAAAGGGAUCCGGGAAAGCUUUGAGGAUCAGAGGAAGAAAGCCCUGCAGUUUGCUCAGUGGUGGAAACCAUUCGACUUCACCAAAAGUAAAAAAUGUUGAGUCAUACGUUUCAUUUUUUAAAUUUCUUCUUCAGAUUCCUUUCAGUUUUACUUCCAUUGUGUCUGACUAGACCACUGACCCUCAGGCCAGAGGGAGAGAAAGUCCCGCUCUGGGUCUCAGACACCCGGGCAUCACUGGAUCGCUUUUCCUGUCCCACCUUGUCCUGCGACUGCUUUGUAGUAACUGGGGAGCAAGACCAGAAACGGGGGGGGCCCACUCACAUUCCCGUUCUGUACCCAUGUCUUGGUGUUUUCAGCUAUGCAGUUUAAGAUGUGGAAAGACUUUUCUGAAGGAUUAUCUGGGAGGUACAGCAGAUCGUUGGUUCAGAGGGAAGUGGGUCUGCUUCAAGAUUGUGAAGACUAUUGUCUGGCUUCUCUUGAAUAUUUUAAACUGAAUUGGCAUUUUCAGUAAUAAUUGAAAUAUCUUUUCAUAGCAUUUUAUAGAAAGGCUCUUUAUUUUCUACCGGUAGUCACUGCUCUUCUUUUUA